AUGACCAGCCAGGAAGGAGAGAGGAACAGCAAUGACAGAGAUGGUGUAGUUCAUGUUAUUAAUUUUAGCAGUCUUGAAAGGUCCAAGCUCAUUGUAGCCUUUCAGGCUCCCUGGAAUAUCUCAUAUCCACUGAGUGCCCAAAAGUUAAGUUCGGUUUUGCAGAUUGCCAUUGACAAAGUCAAUGCGGAUCCUUCCUACCUACGCAACUAUAGCUUGGAGUUUGUAUAUGCGGACUGUGGCUGUGAGGCUAAGAAGUCCCUUCAGGCUUUCAUCCACCAGUUUCAAAAGGAACACAUCUCAGCCUUGUUUGGACCUGUUUGCUCAGAGGCAGCAGAGGUUACUGGCUUGCUGGCAUCUCAGUGGAACAUCCCCUUAUUUGGCUUUGUUAGCCAUAGCACCAAGCUGGGUGAUUCCUCUCUUUAUGACACUUACAUCAGUCUUGUCCCUCCUUUGAAAAUAUUAGGGGAAGUCCUGCAUAAAACUCUUCAGUAUUUUGGAUGGAGACACGUUGGGCUCUUUGGAAGCUCCAGUGAUGUUUUCACUUGGGCUGAAAUGGAGGAAUUGUGGACAUCUGUAGAGAACCAACUCAAAACCAAUAUUACAAUAACUGCUAAGGUGAGAUACAAUACGAAAGAUCAAAGUCUCCACAAAGAAAAGCUCAGCUAUGUAGCAUCUGCUGCCAGAAUUAUUAUUUUAAUCUGCAGUUCUUUGGAUGCAAGAUCCAUUUUGCUAGAGGCCAAAGAACUAGGUAUGACAAAUGGGCCAUACGUGUUUUUUGUCCUACAGCAGUUUGAUGAUAAUUUUUUGACAGCAGGCAGGAAUUAUGCAAACACUACCAUCCUAGAUGCCUAUCGGUCUGUUUUUCUGAUAGCCCUCAGGCCUUACCAAAAAUAUACGACGUACUCUGACUUUACGAAGGAGAUCCAUGGCAAGCUGAAGGAGAAACAGACCUCAUAUAACUUCCUUUCUUCACAAGAAGAGGUACGUCCUUAUGCUGCCUUCCUCCAUGAUGCAGUUCUGCUCUAUGCAUUAUCCAUAAAAGAAAUGUCAGAAACUCAAAAGGAUUUCCGUGAUGGAAGGACUCUUGUCAACACUUUGAAAGGCUACAAUAAAACCCUUCCUUAUGGCGUUACUGGCCCAGUGCAUAUUGAUGAAUUAGGUGAGAGAAACAUGGAUUAUUCUGUGUAUGAUCUCCAGGAAUCUGGCAACUCAACACGUUUCAUUCCUGUUCUUAACUUUGAUGGUUACAGAAAGAUAAUCAGUCCAGCCAAAGAAAUUGACAAUAUCUAUUGGUCAGAUGGAGGCACACCUAAAGACAAGCCACUGUGUGGGUUUCACAAUGAACAAUGCAAAAUUCCAGUUGCCAAAGGAACAGCCCUUGUUGUUGUGAUAAUUCUUCUGAUAGCAACAGUAUCAGGAACUAUUGGCGUGGCAACAUUUAUAAAGAUUCAUAAAGGAAGCCUUGAAAGGCAGAGCAAAGAUACCUGGUGGAGAAUUAAGUAUGAAGAUGUCACAAUUUUGAAUGGUAAUAAGGAAAACUUUGAUCUAUCUCAAGGAAGUACACCAGAGAUCAAAGAAACAGAAACUGUUCAUUCCAAUUUGUAUCUUUCUAGCCAUAACUAUUCUGGACUAAAGGACAAACAAGCAAAAGAAGUAUUUUACACCACAGUAGGGCUUUAUCAGGGAAUUCUUGUUGCUCUCAAAUUCAUUGAUAAUCAGACAGAUGCCUCUACUUGGAAACCAUCAUUUCUUCAAGAAAUUCAGAUGAUUAGAGAACUGAGACAUGAGAAUCUGGUGGUCUUUUACGGGAUAUGUCCUGAAGUUCCCAACAUAUGCAUUGUAAUGCAUUACUGCAAGAAAGGAAGUCUUAAGGAUGUUUUGAGGCAUUCUGACAUUGAACUGGACUGGAUAUUCAAAAUCUCUUUUGCCUAUGACAUAGUCAAUGGUAUGUUGUUCAUCCACAACAGCCCUCUGAAGUCUCAUGGAAACUUAAAGCCUACAAAUUGCUUGGUUGACAGCCGCAUGCAAGUGAAGCUGUGUGGAUUUGGCUUGUGGGAAUUUAAAUAUGGAAGGGAAUCCAGAGUAGUAACAGAGGAAGGGACCAGUUAUGCAGAUCUCUACUGGACAGCUCCUGAAUUGCUAAGGAUGGGAGAAUAUCCAUUCCAUGGCACCCAGAAGGGUGAUGUUUACAGCUUUGCUAUUAUUAUGAGGGAACUGAUACAUAAUCAGGAAGAUGGUCCAUUCCAAGAUCUAAACAAGGAUGCAGAAGAAAUAAUAAAAAUAAUCCAGGAUCCUAACUCUCCUGUUCCACUCAGGCCUUCUCUUUCGACAGAGAAAUGUAAUGAAAGCAUCAUUGCACUUUUGAAAGCAUGCUGGGAUGAGUAUCCAGAGAGGAGGCCAGCAUUCUCCGAUGUAAAGACAGCCCUGAGAAAUGCCAGCCCUGAAGGCCAUUUCAGUAUAUUGGACAACAUGGUGAAUAAACUGGAAAAAUAUGCAAAUCAUCUGGAGGAAGUGGUUGAAGCAAGGACAACCGAGUUGUUGGCAGAAAAGAAGAAGACAGAAAAGCUUUUAUCUGCUAUGCUACCUGGCUUCGUUGGAGGACAGCUUAUUGCUGGGAAAUCAGUGGAACCAGAGAGCUUUGACUCUGUAUCCAUUUUCUUCUCAGACAUUGUUGGCUUCACUAAAUUAUGCUCUGUCAGCUUUCCACUUCAAGUUGUCAAUCUCCUCAAUGACCUGUACAGUCUGUUUGAUAAUAUCAUCAAAAUAUAUGAUGUCUACAAGGUGGAAACUAUUGGAGAUGCCUAUAUGGUUGCUAGUGGCCUGCCCAUUCGUAAUGGAACAAAACAUGUUGAGGAAAUUGCUACGAUGUCCUUGCACUUUCUCAGUGAAAUUAUCUCCUUCAGGAUUAGGCACAUGCCAGAUGAGAAACUGAGGCUACGUAUUGGCAUUCAUACUGGCCCGGUGGUUGCAGGAGUGGUGGGGAUCACAAGGCCACGCUACUGCCUCUUUGGAGACACAGUGAAUACAGCCUCAAGGAUGGAAAGUACCAGUUUGCCUCUCCAAAUCCAUGUUUCUAUGAUCACAGCAAAUGCUCUCCAAACCAUUGGGGGUUAUGAUUUGCAAGAAAGAGGAACCAUAAGAAUAAAGGGAAAAGGACAGCAAAAAACAUUCUGGCUGAAAGGCAAAACUGGGUUUAACAUGCCUCUACCCAAGUUCAGCAGUGAUGUGGCAAGUUGCCCAAAGAGAAAUGUGGAGAUAGGGUUAAAGGCAAGAUUGGAAAAUAUAUCAGAUAAUAUCUGAUAUAAAUAUCUCAGAAAAGCAAUGGAAGGAUGUAAAUGUGCAAGGUCCAAAGCAUUUUAUGGGUGUACUAGAAAGGGUUAUUUCUGUAAGAUCAUGUAUCUGUGGUCCUUAAUACCAGAUAGACUGGAAAAAAUGUUUAAGUUACUCAAUGCGUUAUGCAUUAUUGAUAUGAAUUUGUAGAUGUAGAUUUGUAGAUUCACAUUUUUUUGAAUUUAUGUAAUUAGGAGCAUGGAAAAAUACAGAAUGUAAAUUGACUUUGGACUCAUUUAUUAUUAAGUAAGAUAGGUAACUGGUGGCAACCAUGAAAGAAAGAUGAUAUCGAACAUGUUAGUUUUAGUUCAGAUUGUUUUAAAGGAAGAGAGAAUGUUGGUACCACUUUACAUUGGGGUGGGGAAGGGAUUGUAUAGGGAUGCUGUCACACUCAUGACUUGCUUGCAGGUCACUGUGUGAGCAGAAUGCUUGACUAGAUGAAUUUUUGUUCUUAUCCAGCAUGGGUCUUCUUCCUCAUUAACCCUGCAACACCUAAGCAAUGCCACAUCUGUUGGAACACAUACUGUCAACUCAGCAGUUAUGCUGUUGCUGCUUUCACACUGAGCUUCUCAGAUCUGGCAAACAGAGACGGAGAUCUAAUUUACAUAACUUGAUUUAGCAAU